AUGGACGUCAAGGAAACGCCCUCCUCAUCCCGGCCUGGAUCGGCGGUUGACGACGCAGGCGAUCAUCAACAAUGGCAUAAAACAGCGGAGGUGCAGGAGUUGAAUCGCAGCUACCUCGAGGCAGGAUACAAGCAGAGGAAACUGGGAGUUACAUGGAAAGACCUCACUGUGAAGGUCGUGGCCGCUGAUGCUGCCAUCAACGAGAACUGUGUAUCACAAUUCGACCUGCUGGGUCGUCUGCGCAAACUGCGACGAAAGCCUCCACUGCAGACCAUCCUGCACCAGAGCCAUGGCUGCGUAAAGCCUGGCGAAAUGUUGCUAGUACUGGGUCGUCCAGGUUCAGGAUGCACGACGCUGCUGAAGCUGCUUUCAAACAACCGCAGGGGCUUCCAACAUAUCGACGGCGAUGUACGCUUUGGCUCCAUGGGACCGGAUGAAGCCAAACAAUAUCGAGGCCAGAUCCUCAUGAACAGCGAAGAGGAGGUUUUCUUUCCGACCUUGCGCGUCGGAGACACCAUGAACUUCGCUACGCGAGCCAAAGUCCCUGCGAAUCUGCCCAGCGGCGUCCAGUCCUCGAACGAGCAGUACAGCGAGGCCACGCGGUUUCUGCUUGAAUCCCUGGGAAUUCCACAUACUGCCGACACAAAGGUGGGAAAUGAAUACAUUCGUGGAGUAUCGGGUGGCGAGAGGAAGCGAGUGUCUAUCCUGGAGUGCCUUGCCUCUCGAGCCUCUAUCUACUGCUGGGACAAUAGCACCCGAGGCCUUGAUGCGAGUAAUGCGCUGGAAUGGGCAAAGGCUAUGCGAGCAAUGACGGAUGUAUAUGGCUUAUCGACAAUUGUUACCUUGUACCAGGCUGGAAAUCAUAUCUAUGACCUUUUCGACAAGGUCCUGGUCUUGGAUGAGGGAAAGCAAAUCUAUUAUGGCCCAAGGGAACAGGCACGCGGUUUUAUCGAGGAUCUGGGCUUCAUUUGUGAUGACGGUGCGAAUGUUGCAGACUUUCUGACUGGGGUUACUGUGCCUACAGAGCGGCAUGUCCGACCUGGCUUUGAGGGCACGUUUCCUCGAGAUUCCACAUCUCUCCUGGCUCGUUAUCAGAAGUCUGAUCUGUUCAGGGAUAUGGGGACGGAGUACGAUUAUCCAACUACCGAGAAGGCAUGCAAUCGGACAGCCGAAUUCCAAGAAAGCGUUGCCCUAGAGAAGUAUUCCAAGGGUGUAUACACCGUCAGCUUUGCGUCACAGGUCUGGGCCUGCGUGCUUCGUCAAUACCAAAUAAUCGGCGGAGAUCUCGUCACAUUCGGAAUGAAACAAGGUGCAAACCUCCUCCAGGCACUCGUAGCCGGCUCGAUGUACUACAUGGCCCCGAAUGACUCGUCCGGUAUAUUCUUAAAAGGAGGUGCCCUCUUCUGGUCCGUCCUCUACAACAGCAUGACAGCCAUGUCAGAGGUUGUCGAUUCGUUCAGCGGCCGUCCUGUCAUUCUGAAACAUAAAUCCUUUGGAUAUAUCCAACCUGCAGCUAUCUGCGUUGCCCAAGUUGCAUCCGACAUCCCCCUUACCCUUCUCCAGGUCACCGUCUGGUCCCUGAUUGUAUACUUCAUGGUUGGCCUGACCUUCUCCCCAGCCGCAUUCUUCACAUACUUCAUCAUCCUCUUCGUGACAAACAUGGCCGCAUGCGCCCUUUUCCGAGCCGUCGGCGCAAUCCUCAAUUCCUUCGACGCAGCCGCCCAGAUCUCCGGGUACACGAUCAGCAUCAUGGCCAUGUACGCCGGAUACCAGAUCCACGCAACCCAGAUGCACCCCUGGUUCCACUGGAUCUACUGGCUGAACCCGAUAUCCUACGGCUUCGAAGCGCUAAUGGGCAACGAGUUCCAUCUGAAGCAGCUACAAUGUACCGGGCCGAACCUGGUGCCCCAUGGCGAUGGCUAUGGGGAUGUCAGCCAGUAUGCGUCGUGUGCUGGAGUUGGCGGGGCGCAGCAGGGAGCUACCUCUUUGACUGGUGACGAGUACCUCUCGUCGCUGUCCUAUAGCCAUGCAAACGUCUGGCGGAACUUUGGGAUUGUGUGUGCGUGGUGGGUGUUUUAUCUGGCGAUUACGGUCAUUGGGGUGAUGCGGUGGAAGGAUAGUGGUGAGUCGGGGGCGUCUCUGCUCAUUCCUCGUGAGAGACUCGCAGGUCACCAGGAGAUUCAAAAGGUAGACGAGGAAUCGCAGACUAUUGAAAAGGGAACCGAGUAUACGUCUUCUGGCGAUGGAUCAUCUCGGGUGGGUGAUGACAAUGACAAUAUACUCGAGAAGCAGCUGGUUCGGAAUACUUCUGUUUUUACAUGGAGUGAUUUGACGUAUACUGUCAAGACACCUUCCGGUCCAAGGGUCCUCUUGGAUAAUGUGCAAGGCUGGGUGAAGCCCGGUACUUUGACGGCUCUCAUGGGUUCGUCGGGUGCUGGCAAGACAACACUGCUGGAUGUUCUCGCCCAAAGGAAGACCGAGGGGAAGAUCGAAGGGUCUAUCCUGGUUGACGGAAACCCUCUCCCUAUAUCGUUUCAAAGGUCUGCUGCCUAUGUUGAGCAGCUCGAUGUUCAUGAGCCCUACGCCACUGUUCGGGAGGCGUUACAGUUUUCUGCUCUGCUGCGUCAGUCCCGCGAAACACCAAGGGAAGAGAAACUACAGUACGUUGAUGUCGUUAUCGAUCUCCUCGAACUACACGAUAUUGCAGAUAGUCUGGUCGGCAAGCCAGGAACAGGGAACGGACUGAACGUCGAGCAGAGAAAGCGUCUUACUAUUGGCGUCGAGCUGGUCUCAAAGCCAAAGACGCUCAUCUUCCUAGACGAGCCAACAUCAGGCUUGGACGGGCAGUCUGCCUUUAACACGGUUCGCUUCCUCAGAAAGCUUGCAGACGUCGGGCAGGCGGUCCUUGUUACUAUUCAUCAACCGUCAGCACAGCUAUUCUCUCAAUUCGACCGACUUUUGCUCCUCGCACGCGGUGGUAAAACGGUAUAUUUUGGCGAUAUUGGGCCGGGAUGCCAAACGAUGAAAGACUACUUCAGUCGCAACGGUGAGCCCUGUCCUGUCGGUACGAAUCCAGCAGAGCAUAUGAUAGAUGUUGUAUCUGGCCACAAAUCCGAUAAAGACUGGGCGCACAUCUGGCUCGACUCCCCGGAGUGUGAAGCAGCAAAGACUGAACUGGAGUCAAUCAUCGACACAGCACAAUCCAAAGGACAACCUGGAAUUGACGAAGACGGCUCUGAAUACGCAAUGCCCCUGCUAUAUCAAACAAAAAUCGUUCUGUGGCGGAUGAACCUCGCCCUGUUCCGGAAUACGGGGUACAUCAACAACAAGCUGCUUCUGCACAUCGGACUCGGUCUAUUCAAUGGGUUUACAUACUGGAAUAUCGGCGAGACGGUCAGCGAGCUGCAGCUGAAACUAUUCACCAUCUUCGUUUGGAUGUUCGUUGCCCCGGGCGUGAUCAACCAACUGCAACCUCUCUUCAUUGAACGACGCAAUCUAUAUGAUGCCCGGGAGAAGAAAUCCCGAAUCUACUCGUGGAAAGCCUUCGUCGCGUCACUAAUUAUCUCGGAAAUGCCAUACCUCUGCGUCUGUGCAGUUCUGUACUUCGUCUGCUGGUACUUCACCGUAGGAUUCCCCGCAGACAGCAGCAAAGCCGGCGCAAGCUUCUUCGUGGUCUUCGCCUACGAAUUCCUAUACACGGGUAUUGGCCAGUUCAUCGCCGCGUAUGCGCCUAAUCCGGUCUUCGCGGCUAUCGUCAACCCCUUGAUCAUCGGAAUCAUGGUCUCUUUCUGUGGCAUUCUGGUGCCGUAUGUCCAGCUUAUCGCAUUUUGGAAAUACUGGAUGUAUUGGCUGAACCCCAUAACGUACCUCGUUGGAGGCAUGCUCACGUUUACAAUUUUCGACUCGGACGUCAGAUGUACCGAGAGUGAGCUGGCGGUGUUCAACCCGCCUGAGAAUACGACGUGCUUAGGUUAUCUGGGUGCGUAUCUCAAGGAGUCUGGUGCGGAUUUGUUGAAUCCGGACGCGCUUUCAGCGUGCCGGGUUUGUCCGUAUACGCGGGGCAGUGAUUAUCUGCGGACUAUCAAUCUCAUGGACUGGUAUUUUGGAUGGAGGGAUGCGGCGAUUGUCGUGAUCUUUAUUCUGAGCUCGUAUGCGCUGGUCUUCUUGUUUAUGGCGUUGAGGACGAAGUCUUCGAAGAAGGCGGAGUAG